AUGAAGCUCGCCAUGACUCUUGCCCUGGUCACCCUGGCUCUCUGCUGUAGUCCGGCUUCCGCAGAGGUCUGCCAGAGCUUUCUAAACGUCACGGAAACCCUCUUCACGGGCACGCUUUCCAGUUACGAGGCCGCCGUUGAACCCUUCUUGCCAGACGCGGACGUGAAAGACGCGGGGAUCCAGCUGAAGAGGCGUGACACGCUUCCUCAGAAGGCCAAGGAGAGCAUCUUAAAGCUCACGCCAGGCCACGCCAUCCGCAGCCACUGA